GUCUAGUAAGUAGUCCUGCAACAGGUCCGAAACUCUGCAACACACCGGUGCCGAGCCGGCUGUGAUGGGUUUGUCACCGAUUUAUCUUUGAGUUCACCGUAAUGUCGGAAUUUAUGUCAGAGUGAUCAAAUGAUCUAGGAUGUAUGCACUUAUUUGACGUAGACACGUCCCCCAUGUGUGAAUCGUCCCGAGUGGGAACUCGACGUUCCAAGGGCGAUCCCCCUCGCCUCACGGACGGGACCCGAGAAGUGCUAGCUAUGCUUCCUUAUCGAUCGUGAAAUCAAUAACAAACUGCGGAAGUUUUAGCUAAUAAAUAGUAAUACGUGUACGUUUAGGCCUACAUGUACAAUGUAUGCCCAGUCAACUGCACCAUGCUGCUGAAAUGAACAGGCCAUCGAAAUCUGCUCUGUUGUUCUUAUCUCACGAAUGACAAAUUGAUGACAGCAUGGAACAGAAAUUCAGGAAGUAGCCUACCAAUACCAUUGACAUUGUGUGAUGUGCACAACAAACGUACAUGUACAUGUACUUCGUCACAUUCGCCUCUUCACGUUCAUGACGUUCCAACUGCAAGGUCAUGAUGCUUUACAACUGGAAGCGAAUGUCCAGAUUGCUGAGAACUGUUCUUGUGAUGGGGACAGUUUAUUUAAUGCUAUGCUUUGCGGCUGUACUGACCCUUUUACCGAGUGAGUCCAAGGAAGAUCAUGAGAACCAACCGUCCAAAAUCCAAGCUGUGCAGGUGGAGGCGUGGCAUGCCUCAGCCAAAAGGGGGGGACGGCCACGGAACAUCUUCUUUAGCAGUGAGGGACGAGAGGAAGUUAAUCAGCCUGCAAAGGUUGAAUCCCAUUUAAAUCCGGACCCCAAAACGUUGAAUAUUUCGAAAACCUUUAUGGACUCGAAGGAAUCCAAGAAAGCCAACAUUCCAACAACAUUAAAAAACAAUUUUAGGCAGACUGAACUGUCGGACGUUUUUAUUGGAGUGAAGACAACGGAAAUAUAUCAUGACACCCGGUUACCCGUGCUCUUUGAGACGUGGCUUGACAGCUCUGAUGUCAGAAAACAGACAUAUUUUUUCACGGAUGCUGACAGUCCAAAAUACUCCAAAGAAACAGGUGGACAGUUCAUAAAUACACACUGUGCUGCCAAGCAUACAAGGCAAGGCCUAUGCUGUAAAAUGGGCGCCAUUUUUUCUAUGUACUUGCAAUCCGGAAAAAGAUGGUGGUGUAACGUGGAUGAUGAUAAUUACCUGAACAUAGAUAAUUUAUUGAAGUUGUUACGAUCCUACCAACAUGACAAAGACUACUACCUUGGACGAUCCAGUACCUCAGCAGAAAUUACUGUUUAUGAUGUCGGCGAUAAAACUCUUGACAAGAGUAAAAUCAGUCAGAUGAGAUCCACAAGACGCCAAACCACCUUCUGGUUUGCCACAGGAGGAGCUGGUGUGUGUAUCUCUCGCUCUCUUGCCCUGAAGAUGAGUCCUUAUGCUGGUAUUGGGGGAUUCCCACAAAUAUGCAACAGGAUCAACUUACCAGAUGACGUGUCCAUUGCAUUCCUUAUUGUUGAUUUGUUAGGUGUUCCUCUGACCAAGAUUAGUGAUAUGCAUUCUCAUCUAGCCAUGCUGAGGAACUUGAACGAAAACCAAAUCAAGAGAGCUGUUACACUGAGUUAUAAAAUUAACUCUGAGAAAGCAACUAAUAGCGUCAUUCUGAAAAAUGCAGCUUUCGACACAACGGUGGAUCCAACCAGAUUCAAGUCACUUCACUGCAUGUUGAAUCCUGAGGCAAGUGUCUGCUCUAAACGCUGAACUGAGAGACGUGGCUCUGUUGUCUUGCCGUGCUAAUCUCAGUUCAUCAAGUCACAUGCGUCUAUCGGUAACAGCACUGCAACAGUGCUGGAGUAAAUUCUACUGCAGGUCUUUUCAAAACGAAAUCUUGUUAUUUCUUUCCAGUCUUCCACAUUAAGAAAAGAGAGAAUAUUUGAGAAACUGUGCUCCAGAGAAGAAUGAAAGUUUAAGAAAUCAAGCACAAGUUUUUUUGGACAAGUUUUCAGAAAGCACAGAAGUGCUUAUAAAAACUAUAUUGGUGAAGGGCAAUCAUGAUAAAAGAAACCAGUGAAUGUAUUCAGAAAAAGCUGCGUUGCCAAAUAUUAUAAUGGGGACGUAGUUUAUUUUUAUAAAGUAAAAUCAUUUCUGAAAGUUAUGUUGUAGGUGUGAGGAGAAUUAAUUAAUGGUAUAAAGUUGUUUUUUUUUUUAUUAUGAACAUGGUUAAUCUUAACAUUUUCAAAUUAUUAUUGCUAUAAAAAUCACAUAUUUAAAAUUAUAUUUUUGUUAUUGUUGAACGUUUUGAGGUGGCUUAAAUAAGGAAACAUAUUUAUGAUUAUUCAUGUGUUUGUGUCUGUUUUUGUUGAUUUCUGUGUAAUGUUACUGAAUGGUGUGUAUCCAAAGAUGGUAAGAAUUGUUUUGUUCUUUGGUUGUUUAAUGCCCUUUAGAUAUCUCGUCUAGUUGUGGUUUAGACUAGUAAAAUUAUGACUAAACAUUUUGAUUUUUUUUUACUUUGAUGGAGAGAGGGACGUUAUUAUUUUCAUUGAUGUCAAAUAGUUUAUUUUGUGGUGAUUAGAUGUAGUAAUUAGCACAUGCAAGUAUUUAACAAUACUUUUCAAGGAAGUAGGGUAUGUAUGAAUUCUAACAUGUGACCACAGCUGCCGUAGUUGCAACUGUUGUUUGAAAUAAGCACCAGUAACUUUAGACUGGUAGUAGUAAUAUGUGAGAAAUCAUUAGUUUGUCCCGAAUGGAUGCAGCCAGUCUGUCAAAAUCUGCCAAAAGAGUUACUGAACUUGAAGUCAUUGUUAAUUUAUUUGUCUUGUGAUGUUUUUCCUUAUGUGAGGUGUUCUGGCAAAAUGAGAGGGAACUGGGUGCAGGCCGUAGUGGAGAAAAAUGAUUUUCAGAUUUAUCCAUAUUUGUAAUCUUUGGUAUGUCUACUACGCAUAUUUUAAAGAAAAGGUAUAAAAAUUGUGGAACAACAGUGUUUUAUAAGGAAUAACAAUUGCCGUCUUUCAUUUUCACAUACAAACGCAAAACUUCAAGGGCUUUUUCCGAGUAUUUUACUUUUUGACAUGUUGAUAAAUGCAAAUUUUAAACAGCCUGAACUUGUUGACGGAAUGACUGAAGGAAAUUUUUAUUCCCUUUCCUAAUAUCCGCAAACCCUCAUUUCGACCUCUGGCCAGUUCUGUCUCAUUUUGCCAGAACACCUCAUAUAUAAUUUUAUUUAUUUUUUAAGGGGGUGGAUUAGGUUAAAGGUAUAUUGUAAAUAAAAGAUUUUUUUUCGUACCAGAAAUCAGACUUGUUAUCAAGUCUUCACAAGUCAUCCCUUGUCAUCACAAUUACAAGCCAUCCUGUCACAAACAUGACAAAAGGUGACAAGGUACGGUACAUCAAUGUCAUUGUUCACUGGUGAAUGCUUGUGUUUAACUUGUGAUUGAUUUGACUUCAUCUGUUCUAGAUUUGUCAUUGUGAGGUUUAAAGAAAAGUGUCACUGCCUGUAUGGGCAGAGGUCUUUUUGAGGUAGGGAGGCGGUAGAGAAGUUUGUGCAAUGCACCACUUGUAAAUGAAUCAUAACAAAAAAUCUAUAUUUUUAUAUGACAGAUUGUUAUUCUUAUGACUGUAAUAUACUAAUCUGCAUGCACUGUUUGCUAUGCGUACACCAUACUAAUGGCUGCCAUGGAACAAGAAAUCCUCAAAGUCUUUGUCAGCAUUGGCGUAUGAUUUCAUACGUUUGUGGCUAUCACAUUCCAUACAGUCAUAAAAUAUGGUGUAUGCAAGUUCUUGAGUCGAUGUCAGCGUGAUAUGGAGUGAUGUGUGAGAUUAAGAAUGAAAUAUUAACCUCAGAAUCUCUGUGUGUGAUAUACAUUUUCACUGUAAAUGAAAAAAGAACUUAUUUUAUGCUUUUCAAGUUUUGAUAGAAGGAAACGUUCAUUCCAGCUGUGAAAUCAGUGGGCUUCCAUGAUCAUUCUGCUUUUUGAUAAAUGUGUAUGUAACGAAUUGAACAGGCAGUCUGGUCUUUGAAGAGUGUUUAAUGCUUCCACAAAUGUCUUGGUUUGCUAGAAGUGUGGCUUUUUCCCGGACUAAAAGGAGUUUUAGUUGGAGCUUUUGCCAUCCUAGAAAUGUAAAUAAUAUGAACAGUUGAACAGCCCUUACAAGGGCAUGUUGACCUCCAUGGACCAAUUCUAGAGAAUUUGUGCUAUUUUCUUAUAAGUUUGAUUUCGUACAUUCCGAUCCAUUGUGAAUGCAUCCAAUAAUGCUCCCCAACAAUUUUAGCAUUGACGCGACUUCCAUAAACUUUAAAGAUGUAUCCAGUACAUCAGGUUGGCGUAGCGGUACUUUCCUCGCCUUCCACCGCUGUGACCCGGGUUCGAAUCCCGCCUGGGCCAAUAUGUGGAUUGGGUUUUCAGUCCCUACCUGAUUCCGUGGGUUUUCCUCAGAAUACUCUUCUGGGCUUUUCCUCCCACCUCUAAACCUGUAAUUUCUUCACAUUGUCUUCUCUUUACUGGGACCCAAGGGAGAUCAGUGGAUUCCACUGAAUGGGCUACCCAGUUAAAAUAAGAAAUAAAUAAGUAUAUACAAACUGUAUUUAACUUUGUAUUUGCUUCAAACUAAUUGUUUCGAAGUUGUUAAGAUCAAUUCAAGUUAAUUUUUUACCCGCUUCAUAUAUUCAGAAUUUAAUUGAACACAUGCUGAUGUAUGAGUAUUAUUUGCUUUUUUAAGUUUGAGGUGUAUUCUUAAGCUUAAGUUCCAUGUAUGUUAACUUUGUUUACUGAAUUACCUUCCAUUCAAAUACACAUAUUAAACAUUAAAAUAUGGCAAUGUAUAUCCCCAGA